AGGGCGAUGUCGUCAGUCGCAGCCGUGCCAGCGAGGAGAGCGGGUGUACGGUGCCGUCCUUCUCCCGUCUAUUAUAACUCGUGGACAGGGAUUCACAGUUAUACUUGGCGACAUGGCUCCCGGACCUCACAGAGAACUAAGUAAAGAUACACCAGACAUUGAGAAUAUAUUGGCCCUCAACCCACGCAUCAGCAGCCAUGCCAGGUUUCAGCCCUCCACUGUCACCAAGGCCGAUAAGAAGAACUGGAAACGGAACAAGUCCAGAAACUGCACUAUCAACUGUAGUUUGGAAAAAAACUUUGACGACAUUAAGCAUACAACUUUGAGUGAAAGAGGUGCUCUUCGUGAGGCUGCUCGAUGCCUCAAGUGUGCUGAUGCACCUUGCCAGAAAUCUUGUCCGACACAGCUUGACAUCAAGCAGUUCAUCUCUUGCAUUGCUAAUAAGAAUUACUAUGGGGCGGCCAAGAUGAUUUUCUCAGACAAUCCACUGGGACUGACGUGUGGGAUGGUGUGUCCAACUAGUGACCUCUGUGUAGGUGGAUGUAACCUCUAUGCCAGUGAGGAAGGUCCCAUAAAUAUUGGUGGCUUACAGCAGUUUGCAACAGAUAUAUUCCGUCAGAUGAAUAUUCCCCAAGUUCGGCCACCAAAUUUACCAGCAGACCUUCCAGAGAGCUACGAUGCAAAGAUUGCUCUUAUUGGGUGUGGACCAGCCUCAAUAUCAUGUGCAACCUUCUUGGGACGUCUUGGCUAUCACAACAUUGAUGUCUUUGAGAAGAACAGUUAUGUUGGAGGUUUGAGUUCUUCUGAAAUCCCACAAUACAGACUCCCUUUUGAAGUGGUUAAUUUUGAAGUGGACCUUAUGAAAGAUCUUGGAGUGAAAGUACAUCAUGGUCGUCAGCUCUCUCAGUCUGAUAUAACGAUUAAGGGCCUACAGCAAGAGGGAUACGAGGCCAUAUUUGUUGGCAUUGGCCUUCCUCAGCCUAAAAAAAUUGGCAUAUUUGCCGAUCUUAACAUUGACAUGGGCUUCUACACAAGUAAAGAUUUUUUGCCUCUGGUGACAGCAGCUAGUAAACCAGGAAUGUGUGCUUGCAAGGCCCAGCUGCCAUCUGUAAAGGGUGUGGUGCUCGUUCUGGGAGCUGGAGACACUGCCUUUGAUUGUGCUACAUCUGCUCUGCGCUGUGGGGCAAAACGUGUCUUUGUUGUUUUCAGGAAAGGAUUUACAAAUAUUCGGGCUGUUCCUGAAGAGAUGGAACUUGCACGUGAUGAAAUGUGCGAAUUCCUGCCAUUUUUGUCACCGCGUGAAGUGAUCGUGAAGAAUGGAAGAGUUGCAGGCAUGGAGUUUGUGCGCACAUAUCAAAACGAUGAUGGGUCCUGGAUUGAUGACGAAGAUCAGACACUCAAACUGAAGUGCGACUUCAUAAUCUCUGCCUUUGGUUCUGGCCUUUCAGAUGCAGAUAUUCAUUCAGCUUUGGCACCAGUGAAAUUGAACCGAUGGGGUCAGCCAGAGGUGGACGAGCAAACGAUGAGUACAAGCGAACCCGGUGUCUUCUGCGGGGGAGACAUUGCGGGUGUGGCUGAAACCUCUGUUGAAAGUGUCAAUGAUGGAAAGACAGCUGCUUGGCAUAUUCAUAAAUAUCUACAGUCUCUCCAUGGCCUCUUUGUUCCUGAGACGCCACAGCUGCCAAAGUUUUACACUCCCAUUGAUGAGGUGGACAUCUCUAUUACAAUAUGUGGUAUUAAAUUCCCAAAUCCCUUUGGCCUGGCAUCUGCUCCACCAACGACAGCUGCACCUAUGAUGCGUAGAGCAUAUGAGGCUGGCUGGGGCUUCUGUGUCAGCAAGACAUUUGCUCUUGAUAAGGACAUCGUAACUAAUGUAUCACCUCGUAUAGUGCGAGGAACAACUUCGGGUCACAUAUAUGGUCCUGGCCAAGGUUCCUUCCUCAACAUAGAGCUCAUCUCUGAAAAAACAUGUGCCUAUUGGCUACAGAGCAUUAGUGAGCUUAAGAGAGACUUCCCAGAUAAGGUGCUUAUUGCCAGCAUCAUGUGCAGUUUUAAUGCUGAAGACUGGACUGAACUAGCCAAGAGGGCUGAAGAGGCAGGAUCUGAUGCUCUCGAGCUGAACUUGUCGUGUCCACAUGGUAUGGGCGAGCGUGGAAUGGGUCUAGCAUGCGGCCAGGAUCCAGAACUGGUUCGAGAUAUCUGCCGGUGGGUACGCGCUGCAGUUUCAAUUCCCUUCUUUGCAAAGCUCACGCCCAAUGUGACCAACAUUGUUGCCAUUGCUAAGGCUGCGUAUGAAGGUGGAGCAGAUGGUGUAACUGCAACCAACACAGUAUCUGGCUUAAUGGGUCUUCUACCAGAUGGUUCAGCCUGGCCAUCUGUUGGCAAGGAGAAGAGAACGACCUAUGGAGGAGUAUCAGGUAAUGCAAUUCGUCCCAUUGCUCUGCGAGCUGUAACGGCCAUUGGUCGAGCUUUGCCCGACUUUCCUAUCCUUGCCACAGGCGGCAUAGAUUCUGCAGAGGCUGGUCUCCAGUUCCUGUUAGGUGGUGCAUCAGCACUACAGGUAUGCAGUUCCGUGCAGAACCAGGACUUCACAGUGAUUGAGGAUUAUAUUCUUGGCCUUAAGGCUUUGCUUUAUCUGAACUCACUGGAGUCCAAGAAGAACUGGAUUGGUCAGUCUCCUCCAACCCCUCAGCACCAGGUUGGGAAGCCUAUAGUGCAACUUAGCAGUAUUGUUGGCAAGGGUCUUGCCAACUUUGGUCCAAAUAGGGAGGAGAAAGAGAAGGCAAUCGCCGAGCAUAAAAUUCAGAUAGACAUUUUGAAGCCAGAUCCUGCCCCCCGCACCAUUGACACCCCCAAAAAUGGAAUCCCAUCAAUUCAAGCCAUGGUGGGUAAAGCCCUACCCAUGGUUGGAACAUACGGAGACCUGGAUAACAAGCAACAGAAGGUCGCUCUCAUUGACGAAGAAAUGUGCAUCAACUGUGGAAAAUGUUACAUGACCUGUAAUGAUUCUGGUUAUCAAGCAAUCACCUUUGACCCCAAGACUCAUUUGACAAAAGUUACAGAUGAUUGUACAGGAUGCACACUGUGUGUGUCAGUCUGCCCCAUUAUUGACUGUAUCAGAAUGGUUGAGCGUCAGGGUCCCUACAUUCCAAAACGAGGCAUACCUCUGGGCACGGGAGUUGUGCCCCGCAUUCCUUCGGUGGCUCCUGUUGAACUCUCUUCUGCAUGAUGACUUGAAAUAGUGUAUGUAAAGUCUGUUUGCUGUUAAGUUUGUCUAAAAUUAUUUACAAUUUUUAAAAUUAUUUAAAACUGUUAAAAGUACGGUAUAUAUAUGUUAAAUACUAUAAAUUCAGAUAUAUAUGUACUAAUUAGUGAAAUUCACAAUGUAAACUCUUGACAAAAUGAUGUGGUAAUGAAUUCAGUUUUCAGUAGGCAGUCAAUGUCGACAUGUCCAAGGGUAGGCACUUAAUUGAUGCAUUCCAUUGUUAUCUAAACUACUCUACUGUAUGUAUAUCAAACGAGUGUUUGAUUUUUUAGUGCAUAUUCUACGUUUAGGAAUUAAGAGGCAGUGCAUAUAAUUUCAUCUCUAUCUUAUCUAUCCACUAUGUAACAAAUUUAAUUUUUUUCCCCCUGGAUAGUUAUUUUCCAACUCCUUAUGCUGCCAAAGUAUAGAAAAUGGCUAUUAUUCCCUCUCAAACUUUAUUUUGACCUGUAUCUUAGACAGCUUAGGAAUGUCGUCUUGAAGACUGCCGACUCCUAGAGUUUACCAGGAGGCAAAAAAUUGUUACGUAGUGUUAUAUUUUGUAGCACUUUGUAUUUAUAAACAAAACCAAAGUAUGGCACUUGGCUUCUAGCUGGACAAAGGUGACUUAAUCACCUGUCGACGGGUUAUAUGGUUAAUAUAUUUUAUGAAGGUGUCACCUUGGUGUGAUUUUCUUGUCACAAAAAAACAAAUUUACAACUUUUAGGUCAAAGUUCUCAUGGCUUUAAAAACCAGUUCUAUAUAAAUCGUAGAAUUUCAACAGAAUACUAUUUUAUCGGCUAACCUAAAUUUAUAAAAUAUACUUACAAGUUAAUAAGUAUACCAAAAUAUUUUAUAUUGUAUUCUGAAUCCCAUCAGGAAACUAAACUGUACAUUAACAUUCCCAGCUGUUAGUUAAUGUUUAGUAGUAAAAAUAAAUAAAUAAAUAUACUGCAUUAUGA